AUGGAUGCUUGUGAACUGGCCUAUGGGACCUUCUUUCUUUUGCAGAUUAUCACUGGGGUCUCGGGGAAUGUGUUCCUUCUCCUGGUUUAUACUCACGAGGUCUCCACCGCCCACCAGCUGAAUCCUCCAGACCUGAUCCUUGCCCAUUUGGCCCUGGCCAACACCAUGGCCCUUCUCAGCAGAGGGAUCCCUGAUAUUCUGUCAGCUUGGGGGCUGAGGAAUUUCCUGGAUGACUUUGGAUGUAAAAUCCUCUUAUACAUUUAUCGAGUGGCCCGGGGUCUGGCCAUCUGCACCACCUGCCUCCUGAGUGUCUUCCAGGCCAUUAUCAUCAGGCCCGGUACCUCCUGGUGGUCAGGAGUCAAAGCCCAAUUACCCAAAUGUAUCCUCCCCUCCUGCAUCUUCUCCUGGAGUCUCAAUCUGCUGUUUGACAUAACUGCACCUAUGUUUGUCAUAGGGCUUAGUAACAGCACCAGCAUAAAUAGGGCCAUCCUCCUGAAAUACUGUUCUUCCAUCAGUAUCAGUGCAGGCACAAUCCUGGUCAAUGCAGUGGUGCUCUCCCUUCGUGAUCUGUUCUUCGUGGGGCUAAUGAGUGUGGCUAGUGUCUACAUGGUGCUUGUCCUGUACAGACACCACCGGCAGGUCCGCCAUCUCCAUGGGCCUGACCGCUCCCUCAGGGUGAUGCCCGAGGCCAGAGCAGCUAAAAGAGUCAUAGCUCAGGUCACCCUUUACAUCCUCUUCUAUGGGCGGGAUACAAUCACCCUGAGUGUUUUAUUAAAUAUGAAGGAAAACUCCCCUCUGGUUCUUAUUAGCAACAACAUUAUGGCCUUCACUUUCUCAACUGUCAGUCCAUUUCUGAUUAUUCUCAGCAGCAGGAGAAUGAAAGUGUUCUGGAAAAGGGAUUCUCAUAGUCCCACCUGGCAUCCAUCUUUAGAGUCUUAG